GUCACCAAACGCCGGCAGACCAACUUUCUGAAUCAGACAAUACAGUUUUGCAAAAAGCAAUUAUUACUGUAUUUUUAUAUAUUUAUUUGUAUUUUAUUCUAUUUUUGCCAGCUAGUUGGUCAAGACGGCAUCUUUUUCUUCAAUUUAAGAAGAGGAAAUAUUGAUUAGUCCCAAACAUAAAAUCCCAGGAAUUGUCUUUGAGAGUUUUAGCUACGGAGCUUUCAAGUAACUUGAGAAGAAAUGGAGGAGAAGAGUUUAAUUGCCAAAGAUGUCACUGAAUUGAUUGGUAAAACACCACUAGUAUAUCUGAACAAUGUUGUUGAUGGAUGCGUGGCUCGAAUUGCUGCCAAGUUGGAGGCAAUGGAACCCUGCUCCAGUGUCAAGGACAGGAUUGGCUAUAGUAUGAUUGCAGAUGCAGAGGAGAAGGGUCUCAUUAAACCGGGUGAGAGUGUCCUGAUCGAGCCAACCAGUGGUAAUACCGGAAUAGGAUUGGCAUUCAUGGCAGCUGCGAAGGGUUACAGACUCAUAAUUACCAUGCCUUCUUCAAUGAGUUUAGAAAGGAGAAUGGUCCUCCGAGCUUUUGGAGCUGAGCUGGUUCUCACAGAUCCAGCCCGGGGCAUGAAGGGGGCUGUUCAGAAGGCUGAAGAAAUUAUGGCAAAGACUCCUAAUUCUUACAUUCUUCAGCAAUUUGAAAAUCCUGCCAACCCAAAGGUCCAUUAUGAGACAACUGGACCGGAGAUAUGGAAAGGCACUGGAGGGAAGGUCGAUAUCCUUGUCUCUGGUAUUGGGACUGGAGGUACUGUAACAGGAGCAGGGAAGUAUCUCAGAGAGCAGAAUCCUGACAUUAAGCUCAUUGGCGUGGAACCAGUUGAAAGUGCAGUGCUUUCUGGAGGGAAACCUGGUCCACACAAGAUCCAAGGAAUUGGUGCCGGCUUCAUCCCUGGGGUUUUAGAUGCCAGUCUGCUUGAUGAAGUUGUUCAAAUAUCAAGUGAAGAAGCCAUUGAAACAGCAAAGGAACUUGCUCUGAAAGAAGGAUUGUUGGUAGGUAUAUCAUCGGGUGCAGCUGCUGCUGCUGCAAUUAAGAUAGCCAAGAGGCCAGAAAACACUGGGAAACUCGUUGUUGCGAUCUUCCCUAGUUUUGGAGAGCGUUAUCUCUCUUCCGUGCUGUUUGAGUCUGUGAAGCGGGAAGCGGAGAAUAUGGUUUUCGAGCCCUGAGAUGAACCAUCCUAGGCUCAAAAUGUCAUGAUUAUUAGGUUUGAAAUAUGGAGAGGAGAACUUAGUUGUCAAGCAGCAUGUCAACCUUUGUAAUGUAUGGUUUAUGUUUUCUACUUGGGUGAAAGCUCAAAUAAUAAGCUGGCUUUGCUUUAUUCUAGUCUAUAGAUGGAUUAAGGGACAAUGUUGUUUGGACAUGGUACUGAAGCCUUUCUGUUUGUUGUUAAAUUAAACAAAAAAAAUGGAUGUAGUUUUAUAAAUUGUUGGAGAUUAAAUAAAAUCGUAUGUUUCCACUGGAAACUUUCUCUUCAAAA